AAAAACGGCGAUGAUUUUUGCAAUAAUUGUUGACAUUAAUUUUAUAAAGAAUGAAAAUGUUUUGAGAUUAUGACGCGCCUUUAUUCAAAUGCAUUUCCAAGACGGUCAGUGAUGGCGUGCAGGCUGUUGCGGCAAUUUCGAAGGAGAGUGCGAGCUUUUGAAAAUUUUGACAACGGCCUUAACGAGUAUGGCAGACAAUCAGCAAAGCAGAUUUGAAAAAUCCCUUGGAUUAUUAACUACUCGCUUCGUCACGUUAUUACAGAAAGCUAAGGAUGGCGUUCUCGAUUUAAAAGUGGCUGCAGACAUCUUGGAAGUUCGUCAAAAAAGACGUAUAUAUGACAUUACAAAUGUUCUUGAAGGAAUUGGUCUUAUUGAAAAGAAAAGCAAGAAUAGCAUACAGUGGAAGGGUGCAGGUCCUGGAUGCAACACACAGGAGGUUGGUGAAAAGCUGACUGAUUUAAAAGAUGAGAUCCAAAAGUUAGAAGAUCAUGAAAAGUUAUUAGAUACGCAUACCCAAUGGAUUCAGCAGAGUAUAAAGAAUAUUGAAAGCGAUUUAGCAAAUAGAAAGUAUGCUUAUAUUACAUAUGACGAUGUUAAAAACAGAUUUGGAGAGGAGCUUGUUUUGGGAAUUCAAGCUCCAUCCGAUACACAAUUACAUGUGCCAAAUAUUGCAAAGGCAAUAGAAGAUGAGCAGAAUAUAAAUUAUGAAAUCUAUAUGAAAAGUACAUCAGGAGAUAUAAAAGUGUAUAUGAUUCAACCUGAAUUGGCUGAAAUUUAUAACAAUAAAGUUUUGGAAAUGAGACUCCAAGAGGAGCCAAAAGGUAUUAAGAGAGAAAAGGAGGAGGAUGAAAAAAAAGAGGAAUCCAAACCAAAGAGAAAAGUCGGAAGACCACCAAGAGGUGCCGGCAAAUUAGACCCUGUAUUAUCUGAAGAUGAAGAAGAAGAAGACCCAGAAUUAAUAGAGGCCAAAAUAAUACUUAGUGGUGUGGGCACAUCAGAAAUUGUCAGGACAGAUCUAGACUUGCUAGACGAGUUUUACACGGACAUUUGUGGACCACUAGUGAGAUUGAGUCCGCCGCCUGGAGAAAGGGACUAUCAAUUUAAUCUAAGCGAAAGUGAAGGAAUUUGCGAUCUCUUUGACAUUGUGGCAAAGUGAACUUGCGUCGUUUUAUAGUAUCUAGUAAUUUUGACUUUGUUCACGUUCGUUUUCUAUCAAUCAUGUUUCUGAUUGGUCGGCGCUCGACUCUAGAAGAAGGGUCAAUUAUGUAUAUAAUUUUACCGAUGAAUUCGCAAACCUCAUUCGUUGUAAACGUUACGGAAUUCAUCAAAAUUCAAAUUCCAGCUUCUGAAAUGAAAAGGACAUUCUUUGACUGUCACAAGUUUAUUUGGCUUGUGGAGUUUAGUAUUGCAAACAUAUAAGCCUUUACGUGAGUUUCGAAGCAGCGGUCUAAUGAAGUAGAUGAUUAUUAUUUUCAAUUAUACACAAAAUUUAUUUUGAGAUAAGCCGAGAAAGUAGUGCGUGUUUACGUAAUACUUUCCAUAACGAUUCCACAUAGGUUUUAUUAAUCUAUCGACAGACUAAUUUACUUAAUGUAAAAUUGAUGAGUCCAUGCAAAUAUUCAGAUCUUUGUUACUGAUCGCAGUCUUACAAAUAGAUUCCCUUAGUGUUUUAAAUCAACGUAUUAAUUGCUGUUAAUAACCGCAACAUUUUGAAGACAUUUUUAAAAAAGAAAUCGAGUAUACGCGUCUCCCCGCGUCUUAUGGCAAUAUACAUAUAUUAUAUUUGUAAUAAAAAAAAGUGGCCCCCUGGUUAAAUGUA